AUGCCAAAAAAUAUCGACGGAAAAAAAUUAGGAGGGAAUGAUGAUUUUUGUCUUCGUAUGGAGCAUGAUCAAAAUGAAUGGUCAAUAGCAUUAAUUUGGAUAUUAGAAGGAAAUAUAGAACUUGAAUUAACGAAAGAAGUAUUUCGUCAACUUAUUCUUCAAUUUCCAAGAUUCAAAUGUACAGUCUAUGGUGGAGGUUCAUGGUCAAAGUAUCGUUGGAAAGAAGUAAAAAACUUUGAUGUUUCUAAUAAUAUAAGAGUUAAUACGUUAUCAACUGGAACUAUUGAUGAAUUAAAAGAAUGUGCGAUGAAAAAUUUAUCGGAGAAAUUAGAUUUCACAAAACCCUUAUGGAACGCUUAUAUAUAUUAUGGUUUAGAAGGAGGUAAUUGUUCUGCGAUGGCUAUUAAGAUUCAUCACUGCAUUGCUGAUGGUACUGGAGCAAUGCGUGCAUUGUUAUCAUUAACUUCUGAUG